GGGGCCUGAUUCGGGGGAAUUGGUGGAAUAGGCCUAAAGCCGGCCCUGUCUAGAGCAAGCAGCAGGAUCGGGCAGCCUAGUGCAGAGCCUGUGAAGUAUUCCAAGUCAUUACAGGUCCCCUGUCUCAGAAAAUUGGACUGAGAUGGAAAAAAAAAAAAUCAAACAAGUGGCUAUGUAGCUGUAUUAACCUGUGUUUGUACUAUAUGAUGCAGAUCACUGAUAAGCAGACCGCAAAGAGACACGACCUCUUGCAACACAGCCAUCUGAAAAGAGCUGGGCUUACUCCAUGAAACCUAACUAAAGUGCAACUGAUAGUGUUUAAGCUGGGGACUCUUAUUUUGAUAUGCUUGCAUAGCUAGGUGGACAAGGGAGUACAUCAGAUGUCAUUAUCUGGCAGCAGAUAAGAGUCCUUGGUCUUAUAACACUAAGCAGAGUGCCACUACGAUUACAGUCCGUGUCAGGGAAUGACUAUCCCGUCCGCAAAAUAUUGGUUACAACCCAGGUGACAACUUCUAUAGGAAUAAUCCACAUCAAGACAGCCCCUUUCCAUCGAGGUAGGGAUUCCAUUCUACCCAGGAACCUAGCCAAGAAAGUUUUUGUGGUCCAUCAUCUAAUUUUUUACCAGCCACCACAAAGCCCAUUGUCACCUACAAAAAGCCAGGACUAUCACGAAACCUCCCCUAUGAGUGUCAGUAAUCUCCCAUCCAUGUCCUCUGUAUACCAACCAAGCAUGUUUAACUACGAGCGUCCAAAACAUUUUAUCCAGUCUCAGAAUACGUGUCAAGGGAAACUGCAGCCUCCGGGACCCAAGACAUCUGCGUUUUCAAGCAGUCAAACCAAACAGUCAUCAAUUCUAAUCCAGCCUCGUAACUCUAGUGAGCAGAAGUUUUCUUCGUCUUCAUCGCUGAGCUCCCCAAUCUUUCUCUCCUCGUCUUCCCAUAGCUCCCAUAAGGAGUCUGCAUUUCCCAUCACACCUGCAUCUGCACAGUCUCCUGCUACCUCCUCAUCUGGGCAAAGGCUUUCAUCCAUGCAUAACCAGUCCCCUGCAGCAUUCCUCUGCUCAGUGUUGCCCUCACAGUCUGAUUAUAACAGCCAAGCUCUUUCUACUGUGGAAUCUAAUAAUUACUCAAAGCCAAUGUAUACCAAACAAGCUAGCACCAAGCUAACAUACAAGACAUCAGAUCGAGAGAUACAAGGAACAAAAGAAGCCCUCAUUCAAGACUUGGAAAGGAAACUGCGAGGCAAAGACAACCUUCUUCAUAACGGCAACCAGCGGCUAACCUAUGAAGAGAGAAUGGCUCGCAGGCUGCUUGGACCAGAAAAUGCUGCUUCUGUGCUUGUAACUCAAAAUGAAGAACAUGUGCAGAACUCACAGCAGCAGAAUUCAGAAAACACAAGACUACAGGUUCCUCCGCCACAAAGCAGGAGCAGACAAUCUUCAAGAGGAGAGGGGAAGGAGCAUGGCUCAAUCCAGGAGAAGUUUUUUCAACCACGUUUUGUCCAAGUGCCUGAAGACAAAAUGACUGUUGAAGAGGGACGAUUUUGCAGGAUUGACUUCAAAGUCAGUGGGCUACCAGCUCCAGAUCUGGUAUGGUAUUUAAAUGGAAGGUUGGUCCACCCAGAUGACUUUCAUAAAAUGAUAGUGUCUGAAAAGGGCUUUUACUCACUCAUUUUUGAAGUGGUCAGAGGCUCUGAUGCAGGGACAUAUGAAUGUGUGGCCUCCAAUCGUGCUGGAGAAGCCUCCUUUACAGUACAACUGGAUGUAAUUGCAAAGGAACAUCAGAAAGCUCCAAGUUUUAUCUUCAAACCACAAAGCAAAAGAGUUUAUGAAGGGGAUUCAGCCAGACUGGAAUGUCAGAUUUCUGCCAUCCCUACACCACGGAUUUACUGGAAAAGAAACAAUGAAAUGCUACAAUAUAAUACAGACCGAAUAAGUUUGUUCUAUGAUAAUCCUGGAAAGAUAUGCCUCCUAAUCCAUAACGUUAAUAAGAAAGAUGCCGGUUGGUACACAGUAUCUGCAGUCAACGAGGCAGGAGUGGCCACAUGCCACUGCAGACUGGAUGUUGCAACUCACACAUACAAGCCAAUGCCAACCCCCAAGCAGUUGAAGGUUCGACCGACUUUUAGCAAAUACCUGGCAUUCAAUACUAAAGGACUGUUUGCAGAAGGACCCUUGCUUGAUGGUCUGUACUGGGACACGUGGUACAAUAACAAGACAUUGACCAGCCACAAAAACAGCAGUCAUGUGUACUAUGAGAACUUACUUUUAGGAGUAGCCCAGAUUCGUCAGCUAAAAGUCCGCAACAACACGUGCGCCAUCUAUCCCUAUUUCCGAACAUUUCUGAAAGAGUGUUAUCGCGAAUACCGCUAUGUAGCUGAAGAUAAAUCUGAUUUCGGUCUAAAGAAUGGGUCUGUAUGGACGUAUUCCUCUGCAUCCUCAUUAGCCCCCUGGCACUGGGGAGCCAUGGGCCUUUACAGCGGUGGAGGAUUUAUGUUCACCUUACCUAAAUCAAGGAGUGAGAGCAUAAGGAAGCUUGCGUUUCUCAGACGCAACGGCUGGCUCACUAGAGGGACAAGAGUCGUAUUUAUUGACUUCUCAGUGUAUAAUGCCAACAUAAACCUCUUUUGUGUAGUCAGGUUGGUAGUGGAAUUCCCAGCCACUGGUGGUGCUCUUCCUUCUUCGCAGUUUUACUCAGUAAAGCUUCUCAGAUACGUCACGUAUUACGAUUAUUUCCUUGCCUCUUGUGAAGUCAUCUUUUGCCUCUUCAUCUUUGCUUUCAUCAUCCAAGAAAUUUUAAAAGUUAAAAAACUGAAAACGGAAUAUUUUAAAAGUGCCUGGAACUGGCUGGACAUGCUGCUGGUGUCGCUGUCUAUCUUUGCCAUUGCCUUCAAUAUGUACCGUACUGUAGAGGUGUCCUUGCUGAUGGAAAGCCUGCUCUCUAAUGCCUAUGUGUAUCCAGACUUUUAUUUCCUUGCAUACUGGCAAACCCGUUACAACAACAUGAUUGCUAUCAAUGUCUUCUUUGCCUGGAUAAAGAUAUUUAAGUUCAUAAGCUUUAACAAGACGAUGACUCAGCUGUCUUCCACUUUAUCCCGCUGUGCCAAAGACAUCAUCGGAUUUGCCAUCAUGUUUUUCAUCAUAUUCUUUGCAUAUGCACAGUUAGGCUACCUGGUCUUCGGGUCACAAGUUGAUGAGUUUUCCACUUUUCAGAACUGCAUUUUUACGCAGUUUCGCAUAGUGCUGGGUGAUUUUAACUUUGCGAGCAUAGAGCAAGCCAACCGAAUUCUCGGCCCCAUUUACUUCAUUACCUUCGUGUUCUUUGUGUUCUUUGUAUUGCUGAACAUGUUCUUGGCUAUUAUUAAUGACACAUAUUCAGAAGUGAAAGCUGACUUUGCAGUGGUACCGAGUAAAGAAUUUGAGAUCAGUGACCUCAUUAGACAGAGUUACAAUAAAGCCCUUGUGAAACUCCGGCUGAAGAAAUCGAAGAUGGAGGAUUUGUAUCCGGCAGGUGGAAGCUUGCAAAGCAUGAAAACCAAGGGGCAUUCUGCCUCCAAAACAGACGAUGCUUUGAAGCCUUCCAGAAGAUCUAGUGUGGACGAGAAGGGUUAUCUAAAAUCACCACAGCUACAGAAGUGGAAGGAGACGCUUCACCAAAAGUAUCACUCUGCCGAGAAUAAGGAAUUGGCCGUAGCUUCUCAGGACCAAGUCUCUCCUCAGGAAUUUCAGCAACUUUUCAGAUACGCAACGGAACUGGAGAAGCGACUAAAUGAGGUUAAUGCAAAGCUGAGCAGAGUUCUGAAAGGCGUGCCUGAUCUGAGAGGGUCUCCAGAUAAGAAACAGAGAUAG